AAAAUUCCCCAAAGACGCGUCUCCUCCAGUCAGAGUUCAACCUCCAAGUUCACACGAAUUCGCAACACUUUGCUACUCGCUACCUCGCCGAAGCACCGACGUUGUCGAUUAGACACGAAUUGACGAAUCCGGACCAACUCACAUACAUACCACUGAAUCUUGAGCCAAACAACGCCCCUUGCAUGCGUCACAGCACCGUACUCCUUUCAUAAUGGCAGCAGUCGACUGCCCCAUCUGCAAUAAACCCGUCAAGGAGACCCUGAUCAACUCCCACAUCGACUCGGGCUGCCAAAACCACAUCUUCAACCCCGAACGAACAUCCUCCCCGCCGACAGCGACGCAAUCCAACGGCACCUCCGGCUCUACACUCACCUCAUCACAAGCCAAACGACCCGCCUCCUCCUUCUUCUCGACCCCCGCACCGAAGCGCCAUGCCCCUCCCGCCAAAGUCCUCACGACCCCCUCCAACGGCACAACGACGGCGACUGCGACGACAACUCGGCCCAUGGCGGGCAUGAAACGAAGAUUCGACGAUGGGCCAGGCGAGCUGCCCUCCCCCAUGGCGACAGCCACAGACACCAACAGCGAAGCAACCCAACAAGCACAACAACCACCAGAAACCGGGCCCUCAGCAAAGCGCACAAAGACAGCUCGCGCAGCACCCCUCGCAGAGCGCAUGCGUCCCAGAACCCUAGACGAAGUCUGCGGCCAGGACCUCGUCGGCCCGCACGGCGUGCUGCGCAGCCUUAUCGAAUCGGACCGGGUUCCCUCCAUGAUCCUCUGGGGCGGCUCGGGAACGGGCAAGACGACGAUUGCGCGGUGUAUCGCGCACAGUGUCGGCUCGCGCUUCAUCGAGAUGAAUGCUACUUCGUCCGGCGUGGCCGAGUGCAAGAAGCUCUUUGCGGAGGCGGCCAACGAGGGCGCGCUUACGGGUCGCAAGACUAUUAUUUUCUGCGAUGAGAUACAUCGCUUCUCCAAAUCGCAGCAGGAUGUCUUUCUCAAGCCUGUUGAGGCUGGGACAAUUACACUCAUCGGCGCCACGACGGAGAACCCUUCUUUUAGGGUCCAGGGCGCGCUGCUCUCGCGGUGUAGGACGUUUACACUCUCUAAGCUACCUAGCGAGGACGUGGCAAGGAUUCUCCUGAGAGCUAUUGAAGAGGAGACCAGGACGAAUAACUUCCCCGGUAGCCCGCUCGUCGAUGCGGAGCUGGUGAACUACCUGGCAGCCUUCUCCGACGGUGAUGCCCGCACGGCGCUGAACCUGCUUGAGCUUGCCCUCUCGCUCUCCACGCGCGCGGGGACGACGAAGGAGAGCAUCAAGGCUUCUCUGACCAAGACGCUUGUGUAUGAUCGCGCGGGCGACCAGCACUACGAUACCAUCUCCGCAUUCCACAAAGCCGUUCGCGGAUCAGACGCCGACGCGGCGCUGUAUUACCUCGCGCGCAUGCUGCAGUCCGGCGAGGACCCCCUAUUCGUCGCGCGGCGGAUGGUAGUCAUCGCCUCUGAAGACGUCGGACUCGCGGAUAAUACUUUACUCCCCCUCGCGACGGCAGCGUACACCGCCGCGCAGCAAAUCGGCAUGCCCGAGGCUAGAAUCCCUCUCGCGCACUGCGCUGUAGCGCUGAGUCUUGCGCCGAAAAGCACGAGGGCGUACAGGGGUCUGAAUAAUGCCUACGCGGUGCUCAAGGAACCUGGCGCGGCGGCGCUGCCUGUGCCGUUGCAUUUGAGGAAUGCGCCUACGCGGCUGAUGAGGGAGAUGGGGUACGGUGCUGAGUAUAAGUAUCCGCCGAAUUAUCGGGAGGGACGGGUGAGGCAGGAGUAUUUGCCUGAUGAGCUUGUUGGGAGGCGGUUUUUGGAGGAGAGGGAUCUGGGGACCGAGGUUGAUCCCGAUUUGGAGAUGGAGGUUGAGUCUUGAGCAGAUUGUGGUCAACUUGCGGAAAGGGGUUGGUUGUUGAUUUGAGCGUAGCAUUAUACCUUUCGUCUGGGGGUAGACGGCGUCGUCUUGGAUGGCAUUGGGCUUUGGGAUAGAGUCUCGCCAGGUCGUAAAAGAACGUAGAAAACUGCAUAGAGUGCAUGGCAGGGCAUGGCAUGGCGUCUAGGAUAGGCUUCACAUCUCGUGCUUGGGCAUGGUGAUGGAGUAUACAUGUAAUGAUACGUGUG